UGAUUUCAGGGACAGAAGCACCAGGGGAAUGGAAAAUAUAUGAUGGUAUGUUACUGAGUCAGUCAUUUAAAACAACUUUAUGGUCAGUGGCAAGAAUAGAUAGCCUGGGGAAAUGAUUCAUCACAUCCUAAUGAAGACAUCUAAAACAGGUCAGAUGAAUUCUGCUGUAAAAGAAUUUACUUUUCUCUGCAGUGUUAUAAACAAGAGUCUAACAUAACUAGAUCAGAGGUAGUUACUCAUCAAGUAUAGAACAAAACUGCAUGACAUGUUCAGAGGUUAGAUGGAUCCCACCCAACGUUGCUGCUCCAAGUUGACAUUGUUUCAUUGUUUAAUUGUUUUCUUCUUGCUGUCAGCACUGAAUUCACUGGCAUGCAGCAAGGCUAGCAAACCACUGAGAGAAACUCAACCUCAGCAAGAGGAGUUAUACCCAUGGCUAAAGAAGUGAAGGGCAGAAGGAGAUCAAAGACGAUCCAUAACCUUGCCUGUGCAAGUAGCAUUUUAAACAUAAUCACACAAACAGGACCUUGACAGGUCAUCUGGUCCACCCCUUGCUCUAAGGCAAUAUUCAUCAGACUUUCUAGAUCUGAACCAUUCUUGACAAAUAUAUGUCCAACUUGCACUUAAAAAGCCUCCAAGGAGAGAAGUGCUGCUCACUCCUUCUUUACUUACUCUUACAAAUACUUUUUUUAUCCUAGCUAGCCUAAAUUUCUCUUACUGCAAUUUACAUGGUGUUUUCAGAGGAUGAGGAUAAGAGAUUAUUAUCAUCUUCUUUUUAGCAGCUUUUACAUAGCUGAAGGCAAUCUUGCUCCAGCUUCUAUUCCUGAGGCUAAUUUUUUCAGUCUUUCACUGGACAUGAUGCUUGCUAAAGCUGGGGCCAUUUUUAUUUCAAAAUAGCUAGUGGCAAUGCUGAAAUUAACCUAGUGUGGACAGAUCUUGCCUCUCUUAGAUAUCGCUGAAUCAUCCUAUAAAUUUAAAUUUAUCUAUUUAUCCUGACAAGCACUCUGAGUUACCAGGAAGUAAAAUGAGCCCCAUUUUGCAUAAGAGGACACGAGGCAGAGAGGAUUUGUGGCUCUCCACCCUGUUGGUAUCUCCGGCGCAUCCUAACUGCACACCAGAGCAAAAUCCAAGCAGCACAUCCAAUCUCAUCCCUUCUGAGGCAGAAAGCCAAGAGGCUAUGCUAUAAAGGAGCUAUGGUGUGCUUUGCCUGGGUAUUCGUCAUGACAGGGCAGAACAGGGCAGUUUUUCUACAAUACAGAGAGAUCCAUGCACAGACCAAGAGCAGGAUUUCAAAAGCCAUUCAGACAUUACGCUUUUCAGAAUUUUAAGGGUUAAUUCCAUUUAACUUAGAGUCAGGUACUUAAUAUAUUUACAUUCCUAAUGAUGCAGACAUAUGACAAGUACUUGAACACCUUCCUCAUGAUCACUUUAGGCACCCGUUGUAAUUUUAGAAAUUCCAGUAGAAUCAGUCUAUCUGCCACAUCUGGUCUGACUGUGAGGUCUGCAGCUCUUCACAUGUUCAUUUGUAUCACAACAGCAAUAUUUUACAACUCUACUAUCAAUGCCGUAGAGCCUAAUACCAUUCAAAUAGGCGUUCAGAAAGAUAUGUUCUAAUGAUUAAUCUAGUGUUUGCAUGACUGAAACUGAAGCACUUAGUGCUUUUAGGCAUGUCAUUACUGGUAAAAAAGCAAGGCUUCAUUCCAGGUUCCGGCAUUGGUCUUGGAGUUUGCAGCAUCAGCAUGUGGAUCCCUAGUCUUUAGGGCUGAGAUUGUCACUAGAUGUUGCUGAGAAAUACAACAGGAAUGAAAAGGUGAAGGGAAAUUUAUAGUUUCUAGUUUUGUCUAGCUUCCACAAGUUUAUUAGUCCUGAUAGAACAGCGGGAAAUCACACUUUAAACCACAAUGAAGCUGUUCAAAACCAUCCUCAGAAAAAAACAGAGUUUGCAUUUUAAAACAGGGAACUGAGCACUUAUGAGCCUGCUGACUGACUCAGUAAUAUCAGUAAACGCAUUACUAAAAUGAGGAAUACGCUUUGUGAGAUGUAAACUUCAGGUAGUUGGAGACCAUCCUGAUCUAUCCCAUGUAAAUAUUUUUAUUUUCAUUACAUAGUCGAUAAAACAUGCUCAGCUUUCAAAACCCAACAAACACUCGGAAUUCUUCACUUCAAACUUUGUAUAGGCUAUAGAGACUGAGAAAGAAAAGAGAAUGUUCCAAAGGAUCAUUUAUUUUAUCCUCUUUUAUGUUACUUUCUGAAAUAUCUGCAAUUGUCUGGCUGCAAAAAAUGUUGGGAUGACUGACUUGAACAGUCACGGCGUUUCACUUUUAUUUUUUUCCUCUUUUACAUGGGAAACGUUUAUGUAAGUAGCCACACCAUUCUUAAAACAGCAGAUUGACAAAUCGGCUUUUUGUUUCUUUGCCGGUUUGAGGGGACUUUUGGGUGGGAGGUCCUAUUCCUGUCACGCAGUAUGGUGACAGCACUAGGGAUGGGCAAUGAAUAUGAAUGGACAGCCGGGAUGCUGUCACCUCCACAGCCACCCUGCCCGGUCCCUGGUACCGCUGCCGUACUCUGCAGCUCCAGGGAAUCCUGUGCCAACACGCCGGGAUUGGAACCAAAACAUUCCCAGCGGAGAAACGAGUCCUCCCGCUGAAAGGGAGAAUUAGGGCAUUUCCGCGAAGUUCGAGCCGCGGAGGAACGGGCGGGGGAGGAAAAGCGAUGUGCGCGCCAGGGAUAAACAAACACAAGGGCACGCACGGAGCGAGAGGAGCGCCCGGGCCGGGCCGGGGAGCUGCGGGGCGGGCUCCACCGCGCCGGGCCGCCAUGGCGUGAGGGGCUGGCGGAGCGGCGGGGGGAGGAGAGGAGGAGGAGGACGGGGAGAGCACCGCGACCGUGACAGCCUCCGAGCCUUUUGCUGCUGAGUUCAGCCUCCCAAACAUGCGUGUGUGAAAGGACAUUUCAAAGAUGGUUUGGCUGCCACUGAGACCUGGAGAUCUGAUGCCACAAUGAGGACUCACACACGGGGAGCCCCAAGUGUGUUUUUCAUAAACGCAGUUUGCUUUGCCUUUGCCUGCGGCGCCAGGGAGGACCGAGACGCAAUGGUUCCUUUUGUCAACGCCAACUAUGACAGCUACCCCAUGCUCUACUUCUCCAAGGGGGAUGUGGGGUCUCUGCGGCUGCAGGCCAGCACCACGCACCAGCACAUUGCGGCUCGUCUGAUUGAAGCAGUGCAAACCAUGCUGUCGAAUCCCCUGGAGUACCUUCCUCCCUGGGACCCAAAGGAGUUCAGCGCUCGCUGGAAUGAAAUUUAUGGCAACAACCUUGGGGCCCUGGCAAUGUUCUGUGUGCUCUACCCUGAAAACAUCGAGGCCAUCAAUAUGGCCAAGGAUUACAUGGAGAGGAUGGCGGCUCAGCCUAGUUGGCUAGUGAAGGAUGCCCCCUGGGAUGAGGUCCCUCUUGCUCACUCCUUGGUUGGUUUUGCCACUGCAUAUGACUUCUUGUACAGCUACCUUAGCAAGAUUCAACAGGAGAGAUUUCUUGAAGUGAUUGCCAAUGCCUCAGGAUAUAUGUACGAAACAUCAUACAGACGUGGAUGGGGCUUCCAGUACCUUCACAACCACCAGCCUACCAACUGUGUGGCCCUGCUGGCUGGAAGCCUGGUUCUGAUGAAUCAAGGCUACCUUCAGGAAGCUUACUUGUGGACCAAGCAAGUGUUGGCAAUCAUGGAGAAGUCAGUAGUCCUGCUGCAGGAGGUCACAGAUGGCUCCCUCUAUGAAGGGGUGGCAUAUGGCAGCUACACAACCAGAUCACUGUUUCAGUACAUGUUUCUUGUCCAAAGGCAUUUUGACAUCAAUCACUUCAGCCACCCCUGGCUCAAGCAGCACUUUGCAUUUAUGUACAGGACUGUCCUGCCAGGGUUCCAGAGGACUGUGGCCAUCGCAGAUUCCAACUAUAACUGGUUCUACGGGCCAGAGAGUCAGCUGGUGUUUCUCGACAAAUUUGUCAUGCGCAAUGGCAGUGGGAACUGGUUGGCAGAGCAGAUCAGAAGGAACCGAGUGGUGGAGGGCCCAGGCACACCAUCCAAAGGGCAGAGGUGGUGCACUCUCCACACUGAAUUUCUCUGGUAUGAUGCAAGUUUGCGCUCUGUACCUCCACCAGACUAUGGGGUUCCUAAGCUGCAUUAUUUUGAGGACUGGGGAGUGGUAACUUAUGGAAGUGCUUUGCCAGCUGAAAUCAACAGGCCUUUCCUUUCCUUCAAGUCAGGAAAGCUGGGAGGACGUGCAAUAUAUGAUAUUGUUCAUAAGAACAAGUACAAAGAGUGGAUCAAGGGGUGGAGGAACUUCAAUGCUGGCCAUGAGCACCCAGACCAGAACUCCUUUACUUUUGCUCCCAAUGGCGUACCUUUCAUAACAGAAGCUCUGUAUGGGCCAAAAUAUACUUUUUUUAAUAAUGUGUUGAUGUUUUCCCCUGCUGUGUCUAAGAGCUGCUUCUCCCCAUGGGAAGGGCAGAUUACAGAAGACUGUUCCUCAAAGUGGCUUAAAUAUAAACAUGACUUGGCUGGCGACUGUCAGGGACGAGUGGUUGCCGCCACAGAGAGAAGCGGGGUGGUUUUUAUCAGGGGAGAAGGAGUGGGUGCAUACAAUCCUAAACUGAAGCUGAGAAAAUUACAGCGAAACCUCAUACUUCUCCAUCCCCAGCUUCUCUUGCUAGUGGACCAAAUCCACCUAGAAGAUGACAGUCCUCUGGAGGCAGCAACCAGUUUCUUCCACAAUGUGGAUGUGCCUUUUGAAGAAACAGUUGUUGAUGAUGUCCAUGGGGCCUUUAUUAGGCACCGUGAUGGGAUAUAUAAGAUGUACUGGAUGGACGACACUGGCCACAGUGAGAAAGCCACCAUUGCCUCACGGAUGUAUCCCCGGGGCUACCCCUACAAUGGAACGAACUACGUGAAUGUAACGACCCUGCUGCGGCACCCCGUCACGAGGGCCAUUUACCUUUUCAUUGGGCCCUCUGUGGACGUGCAGAGCUUCACUGUCCAUGGAGAUUCCCCGCAGCUGGAGGUCUUUGUGACCACUGGUGAGCACGCCUACGCCGUGUACCUGUGGCCCGUCGAGGACGGCUCCCGCUCCGCCUUUGCACAGGUUAUUGCAGACCGCCAGAAAAUUGUCUUUGACCGAGCCUCUGCCAUUAGGACCUCCACAGUGCCAGAAGUGAAGGACUACAUAGGGAUCGUGGAGAGGAACCUGCAACACUUUAAGCCUGUUUUCCAGCAGCUUGAGAAGCAGAUCCUGUCUCGUGUACGCAACACGGCCAGCUUUAGGAAGACUGCUGAGCGCCUGCUGAGGUUUUCAGAUAAGAGACAGACAGAGGAGGCCAUUGACAGGAUAUUUGCAAUCUCACAAAGGCAGCAGCAGCAGCAGCGUGGCAGAGCAAAGAAAAACAGAAAGGUAGCCAAAGGCUACAAAUUUGUUGAUGCUGUUCCUGACAUUUUUGCACAAAUUGAGGUAAAUGAAAGAAAAGUGCGACAAAAGGCACAGACUCAAGCACAAAAAGAGUUGCCUGUAGAUGAAGAUGAGGAAAUGAAAGAUCUUCUGGAUUUUGCAGAUAUCACUUACGUGAAGCACAAAACUGGGUUGUCAAUCAAAGGCCGAUCAGGGCUGGCACAGAUGGUGACGACUGCUCGAAGUAGUGCCCCAUCAAUAUCAGCUUCUUAUACUCGCCUCUUCCUGAUUCUCAACAUUGCUAUUUUUUUUGUCAUGUUAGCAAUGCAGCUCACAUAUUUCCAGAAGGCCAAGAGACUGCAUGGCCAAAGAUGUCUGUAUGCAAUACUUUUAGUAGACAGCUGUAUAUUAUUGUGGCUGUAUUCUUCCUGUUCUCAGUCACAAUGUUAGCAGAAGACCUCUACUAGUUGACCAGUUUAUGGUCAUAUAUGUCUAUGCAAAAGCAUUAACCCUAAUAGGGCCAAAGUUUAUAUAGUCUUUUUUUUUUUUUUUUUUUUUUUUUUUUCCUGAAACAUUCCAAAAACAGCUGGGGAAAGAUUGUUUUCAGACCAGAAGGGAUUAAAGAAUAGGGCAAGCAAUGAAUAUCUCCGAAAACUCAGUACUUAAUAAGUACUCCUCCUUCGUGUUUUGAGUUGGGCCUCACAUCUGAGGGAAUGUUAUGCUUUGUCCAUCAGAGUUCAGUAAUGUAAAGUUGUAAUUAAUUUUUUGGUGAGAAGAGCCCUCUUGGUAGGUUUGUUUCUAAGGUCUUUUUUUAUACAGAAUUUGAUUUCCAUGUAGUGAGUUUUCAUUUCAGGCUGCUAGGGAUGUCUCUGGACAUUCUCCUAAGAUGAGGACAUUCAAACGUAUGUAUACGAGGCAGAUCUUAGCAGUAGACUUCAUUUCUCUCUGCCAAACCAAAGAAUGGCUCAGUAUGGGACACCCCUGUAUCAUUAUUGCAGACCCUUAUAUUGUGUCAUCUCUACCAUGCUUUACAGUCUGGCUCAGUGGGGAAAUGACAGUCAUGUCAGUGCUUGCCAAGUGAGAGGCACAUCACUAGUAAGCAGUAGAAGGCAAAUAUGGGGUUAAUUCAAAGUAGAACAGAAUGCAAUUCUCAGGAAAAAAAGCCACAUUUCUGUUUUAGCCAAGUGUAGGCUGUAGAAUGCUGAAUUCUGCAGGGUCUGUUCUCCAUUUUACAAGGCACGGUUUCAAGAAAGUUUUCUAUAGUUUGAAGCAUGUCUUAGUAGGGAAAUAAUAUCCUAAAUCAAUGUCCUUCCAUAUGUAAUUUUAAAAAUACAAAGAACCAAAGCAAUCCUGCGGUAACCUCAGCAGCUGCCAGUAUGGAAAAAUAUGUAUUAAGGAAGUAUUUAAUGCCUUUUUUCUUUUCACAUGGCUAGAAAGAGGACAGUUAAAAUUUUGUGAACAGCCUGUUCUCUAUAAAGUACCAGCAAGGGUUCUGCAAGCUCUUGGUGGCCCCAGGUCAAUUAUUUGGGGAUUAGUGGUUAAUGGAAUCAUGUGGUCUAUGACAAAAAUAAGUUUGACAUCUCCACAUAUAUUCCCUCUGUUCAUUAAACUAAUUUCAAAAAUUCAGAGCUAUUUGAGAGAAUGGAAGCUCUAUGGAAUUGGGGCAUACCUGUAUGUCUUUACAGAAAAACAAUUCUUCAGUACAUUUGCUAAAUAAAAGCAUUAUAAUUAUCUCUA